AUGACUAGAACUUUGCACCAACGGCCAGAAAUGAGAAAUAUAUAUAGCAGCCUGCCAACGAAGUCCCAUUCAAAUAUGAAUCAUCUGCCUAAGUCAUUCUUUGGGCUUCCUUUGUACAUCGGUGUGGAGCUGUCACUUGGAAUUGCCAUCUUCAAUAAGUUCUGUGGGCUAUUUGGACUUCUAGCCCUAUUCACAGGCCACCCACUCGAUAUACUACAGUGGCUGUUUUAUCUGUGGUCGUUCGUUACGCUAUUAGUCUAUCUGCAUGGGCUGAUGCAAAUAUACCAGCCAAGGCUGGCGGCAUACUGUCUAGUGCUGGUGGUGUACUCGACCGAUACUAUACUGACCUGCCUAUACACCCUUUGGUUCACCCGUGGCUGGUUCAUCGAUGGGGACGUGGGCGUCACAGCAACUGCCAAGGAAGACGACGCUGAUGCGACCCAGGGGUCUGUGACUGUAGAGAACGAACCCGUGUCACACCAGAGCGCUUCGAAGAGCUACGAGUACGCCUUUACCAUGGCCUUCACGCUUUUUGCUCUUAGCUUGCGCUUUUACUCCAAUUUCUUAAUUGCAUCGUUCGUGCAACGGAUGUUCCAGCAUAACAAGUUUGCUGCGGGCUGCGAUGAUGUGGAGCAGGACCUGAAGCAUAAAUCUGUAGCCUACCGUGCUUACGCUAAGAUGCAGAGAUGGUGCUACUUCUUAUGCAGAAGGUAUCUGUGA